AUGUUGUCCCUGACACUGGCAGUGCCAUUUCUGCUCGCUGGCUUGCAGGCCACGACCGUGAGCGCCAUCCCGAGUAUCUCGGCUGUUGGGUCCAAGUUCUUCUACGAGAACGGCACGCAAUUCUACAUCAAGGGCAUUGCUUAUCAGCUUACCCCGAGUGACCCACUUGUUGACACGGCCCAAUGUAAGCGGGAUAUCGCUCGCAUGGCCGAACUGGGCACCAACGCUAUCCGUGUGUACCAUGUGGAUCCCAGCGCGGAUCACAAGGGCUGUAUGACGGCUCUGGCAGAUGCAGGAAUCCACCUGUUUGUUGAUCUCGAUACCUUCACCACUCAAAUAGAACAGACCGACCCUCACUGGAACCAGACCCAGCUUGAUCGCUUCACGGAAGUACUCGAUGAGUUCCAGAAGUACAAGAACACGGCCGGUGUUUUUGUCGGAAACGAAGUCUUGACCAACGCUGAUGGCUCUGCUGCUGCUCCUUACGUCCUGGCUGCUGCCCGCGAUGUCAAGGCCUACCGUGACAAGAAGGGUUAUCGCGAGAUUCCCGUCGGUUACUCCGCAGCUGAUAUUGCUGACUUGAGACCCAUGCUGCAGAACUACAUGGCGUGUUCUUCCAAUGCCUCCGAGCGCUUGGACUUCUACUCGUUGAACGCAUACGAGUGGUGUGGAUCCUCUAGCUAUACGCAGUCCGGUUACAGCGAGCUGCAGAAGAACGCAACUGACUAUCCCAUUCCUAUCUUUUUCUCCGAGACUGGCUGUAUGACACCCAAGCCCCGUUUGUUCCAGGACCAAUCUGCCAUCUUCGGUGAGCACAUGGUUGAUACCUGGUCUGGAUCCAUGAUUUACGAGUGGAUCGAGGAGACCAAUGACUACGGCUUGAUCAGCUACGGAGCUUCCGUUGAUCCUGCGACGGCUACUGGCACUCAGAUUGAAGACGGUUUCACUCGCCAGGGUACCCCGACGCCUGUCUUGCCUGACUUCAACAACCUCAAGUCCCAAUGGGCUACGCUGCACCCCACCGGUGUUGCUCUGUCCGCCUAUAAGAAGAGCAUGUCCAGUGCCUCGCUCAAGUGCCCCGCUUCGACCUCUGGCGGCUGGGCAGUUGACCCCAGCGCGCCACUUCCUACCCUUGGCCAAACUUACAAGAAGGGCGAUUCUGGUUCCACCGCGACCACCAGCAACAGCGAGGCCACUUCCACCGGGUCUUCUGCUACUGCUUCUUCGACCAAGGGCGCAGCCAAUGCAAUCACCGCUAGCUCGCCCGUCACCGAGCGUCUGCUCGCUGGUUCCCUGGUGCUUUCCGGUCUGGUCGGAGUUGUUGCCUUGUGGCUGUAG